AUGACUGUUGAAGACUUGCUUCUCUUUCCAGAUACCCAAAAUGCCUUGGUUCAAGAGGGCCGCGACGAGGUGCUCGAGAGAUCCCUCAGUCCCCCGGACUUGUGCAGUGCCGUAAAAGAAGUCAUAGCACAGACGAAGGAAAACAUGCAGGAGCUACAAUCCACAUUGCGUAGGAGACGGGGUGAUGACCCGGCACUGAGAAACAGGAUCGAGGCAUACUUGACCUCAAGGAAGAAAGCAAAGAAGACAAUUCAAACCUGCUUGAAAAAUCUGAAGAUGAAAUCAACCUUUUCUUCUGCGGAUCAAUGCGGUAUGACAACAGUUUCCAUGUUAAGAGAAGCGGAGGAAGUCGCUUUCGGGUCAAUUGAAUCAUUGUUGACAUUGGUACAUGGAAAGUCGAGAAGCUGCUCUUUCUUCGACAAGUUGAUGCAUUCCAAGCGAGUGGCAGCUGAUGAGAGAGCAUUUAACAGUGAGCUAGAGGAGGUGGAUUCGGCCGUUCACACCCUCCUAAGCCACAAGAAUGGAAAACCGAUCCAAAUGGAAUACUUGCAGAAAAUAUUGGGUGAGAACGAGUCCAGCAUUGAGGACCUCGAAAUAGAAGUCAAGCACCUGACCAAGCGCUUGAUCAAAACCCGUGUGUCCCUCCUCAAUAUCCUCAACCACUAG